GAACAAAGUCUGGUACCUUUAAAAGAAGAUAUUUGUCAGUGGUUGGCCAAAACUUUAGAAAUAGACAUAUCACCUAAAACAUUCCUAGAUGUCCUGGAUAAUGGAGUCUAUUUAUGUAAACUAGUCAAUAUUAUCCAGAAGAAAGCUGAAGAAGGGAUUAAAAUAGGGAAAUUUAAAGAGAAAUUACCAAAUUGUAAAGUACGAUGUAAAGAAAGAGCUUCAUCAGGAAGUUGGUUUGCGAGAGAUAAUACAAGUAAUUUUAUUAAUUGGUGUAGAGAAUACGGAAUACAUGAUGACUGUUUGUUUGAAGCAGAAGAUCUGGUUGCUCAUAAACAAGAGAAGCCUAUUAUAGUAUGUUUGAUGGAAUUGGCGAGGGUGGGGUAUAAAUUUGGGUUGGAACCUCCUACCUUGAUAAAACUAGAGAAAGAGAUUGAAACAGAACAG